AGUCUAUGGAGGAGGAUGGAAUAACGGGGACAUUUAUAGAGGAGGACACUCCUACAGAGAUCAGACCAGGUGGGUCCUAAACACUAAAUACAUUCAUAACACUAUAAGUCUAGGCCUAUCUUCACAUGUUCUAUGUGUCUGCAAUUCUGAACUUUAAACCUCUGCACCUCCCAGUCCCCAUUGGCUCCUGCUCUUCUGACAAGGCUGUGUAAAUGUAGAAGUGAUCUGGGAGGAGGACCAAAGGUUCUUUGAUGGGGGGAAGAGUCCCAGCUGGUUGGGACCUCCACAGAGAACAUCUCCUCACUCAUAUCUACCUGAUCCAGAUGGAAUCUUGAUGGAAGUGAACUAACCCUCUCAUAUCUAUUGAUGAUGUUUUUCUAUUUUUCCAGGACACGCCAUGGAGAAACCCUCAAAGGAUCAUCUCACUUUAUCUCCAGGUUGUAAAAUGGAAGAUGAGGACAUCACAGGAGAUUGUGGAGGAGAAAAGACAAUGAGCUCCACUAUGGAUGGUGGACUUCACAGUGUGGAUAGACCAUGGAAUCCCUCUGACUCUGAGCAACCUCAUACUGUGGAGGAUGGGGCUGGUAUUCCAGGGGAGAAGACAUUUUCCUGUCCUGAAUGUGAGGACAUUUUUAGCUCUGAAUUAAGUCUUUCUGUACAUCUGAAAUAUCACACAUCUGAGGAACUUCAUUCCUGUUCUGAGUGUGGGAAAUGUUUUCUUCAUAAAUCAGAAUCAAUCAUACAUUGCAGGUCUCACACAUGUGAAAAGCUUCAUUCCUGUCCUGAGUGUGGGAUGUGUUAUUCUCAGAAUUCAGAACUUGCCGGGAGUCGAAUUUCUUACAAAAGUGCAAAACCCUGUUUCUGCUCUGAGUGCCGGAAAUGUUUGGCAUUGAAAUCCGACCUUGUUGCACAUCAAAGAUCUCACAUAGGUGAGAAGGCGUAUUCCUGUCCUGAGUGCGGAAAAGGUUUUUCAGAUAAGUCCAGUUUUUACAGACAUAAGAGGAGUCACACAGACGAGAAGGCACAUUCCUGCUCUGAGUGUGGGAAAUGUUUUUCACGGAAGUCUUAUCUUUCUGAACAUCAGAGAUCUCACACAGGGGUGAAGCCGUAUUCCUGCCCUGACUGCGGGAAAUAUUUUUCACAGAAAUCCAAUCUUAACACACAUCAGAGGACUCACACGGGCGAGAAGCCGUAUUCCUGUCCUGAGUGCGGGAAAUGCUUUUCGCGGAAGUCUUAUCUUGAUGAACAUUAUAGAUGUCACACAGGUGAGAAGCCGUAUUCCUGUACCGAGUGCGGGAAAUAUUUUUCUGAAAAGUCCAGUCUUUGCAGACAUCAGAGGAUUCAUGAAGGCAAGAAGACAUAUUUGUGCCCUUAGUACGGGAAACUUUUUUCAGAGAUGUACAAUCUUUCUGAACAUCAAAGAUUUUACAGCGGGGAGAAGCCGUAUUUCUGACCUGAGUCCAGGAAAUGUUUACUACAUUUAAGGCCCAUCUUUCCAUUUAUCAAUAAUCCCACACAACCCUUGAGGUGUAUUAGUGUCCUGAGUACAGGAAAUGUCUUCUAUAUGAAUCAUAGUUUGCCAUACUUCAGAGAGCUCACAUUGGUCAAGUCAACUGGUGUUCACUAAAGAUAUCGAAGUUCACAAAGUUCUGUCUGGCAUACUCUGCUAGAGGAGAUCAAGGGGGUUUGAGUCACUACUGGAUGAGUUCUUCCUGCAGUGUA